GUUCACUUCAAAUUCAUUUUUGUUUUCCGACUCUCAUUGUGUUGGGAGAAUUUUUUUAUAUUCUAAUUGUUAUUGGAACAAUUAAUUUAUUCAAAGAUGUUAACACUACCCUGGUUUAAGUCGAUCUUCAUCUUUUUCCUGAUUUUCACAGUACAAUCAACACUGUGUAAGGAAGAUAUUGAUUCUAGUGAGACAAAAAGUGGUAAAGAAGAUAUUAGUCCAUCUUCAUCAUCAUCAUCUCCAUCACCGUCAUCAUCAUCUUCAUCAUCAAUAGCAAGUGAUUUAGAUGAAGAAAAGGUUGAUUACAAGACUCCUGUUGUUCCCUUGGAUAAUGUUUACCUUUAUGAGCCUUUUGAUGUUAAAAGUAACUAUCAAAAAAUUUGGGUCACUUCAAAGGCAACCAAAUCUGAUUCCGAUGAUGAUAAAUAUGAUGGACAAUGGGAAAUUGUGCCCACCGUUGAAAAGAUGCCAGGAGAUCUUGGUUUGAUGAUGAACAGUCGAGCUAAACACCAUGCCAUUGGGGUUAAACUCUCGAAACCAUAUGAUUUCAAGGGAGAUAACUUAGUAGUCCAAUAUGAUGUUCAAUUCAGAAAUGGACAAGAAUGUGGUGGAGCAUAUCUUAAACUUUUACAAUCUCCGAGUGGCGAUCUUAGUAAGAUUCAGGAUAAAUCUCCUUAUUCUAUCAUGUUUGGACCGGAUAAAUGUGGAAAUGAACAUAAAUUACACUUCAUCUUCAAUCAUCGAAAUAAGAAAAACAAUUCUCUCCGAGAGAUUCAUUGGAAAAAAGCUGCUGCGGUUACCGGUCUUAAUGAUGCCAUUACUGACAAUAAAUGGCAUUUAUUCAGACUUAUCGUAAGACCCGAUAAUACCUAUGAAAUAUCUGUCGAUAAGAAAAUUGUAGGUAAAGGUAGUUUAUUGGAAGAUUUUAAUCCACCAGUCAAUCCACCUAAAGAGAUUGAUGAUCCAAAUGAUACAAAGCCAGAGGACUGGGAUGAAAGAGAAAAAAUUCCAGACCCUAAUGCCAAGAAACCAGAUGAUUGGGAUGAAAAUGAACCGAGAAAGAUCGUAGAUACCAAUGCACAAAAACCAUCUGAUUGGCUUGAAGAUGAACCAGAAAUGGUACCAGAUCCUGAAGCCAAGAAACCCGAUGAUUGGUCUGAAGAAAUGGAUGGAGAAUGGGAACCUCCUCUUAUUAACAACGUUAGAUGUGCCUCCGUCUCUGGAUGUGGACCAUGGAAGGCUCCUCUAAUUGAUAAUCCCAAAUACAAAGGAAAAUGGAAGCCACCUCUUAUUGCCAAUCCAAGUUAUCAAGGAAAAUGGGCUCCUCGAAAGAUUCCAAAUCCUGAUUUCUUUGAAGAACUUAAUCCUUACAAAAUGAUUCCUUUCGAUGCUGUUGCCUUUGAACUAUGGACCAUUUCUGAUGGAAUAGUUUUUGACAAUAUUUUGAUCACCAGUGAUGUAGAUCUUGCAAACAAUGUAGCCGAUCAUACGUAUCAACUCAAGAAAGAUCUGAAUGAUGAAAAGACAGAAAAUUGGUUCCAAAGUUUCAUCCGAUCUACAAACAAGAAGCCUUGGCUUUGGGCUGUUUACGUUCUUUCCUUAUUAGUGCCUAUUUUCCUGCUCAUCCGUGUUCUAAGCCCUAAAAAGAAAGAAUCAACCGAGGGGAGCAAAAAAUCUUCAAGUGAUUCAAAAUUCGAUGUAAGUGGAGACGAUCCAGUUCCCGGUCCAUCAACUUCAAGUAGUAGUCGUGCUUCACCUCCCACAACUCGAGGAUCAUCCAAAGCUGCACCCAAAGAGAAAGAGGAACCUCUUAAAGAAGACCAAGGUCGAGAAGAGUUUGAACUUUCAACGGAAUCGGAAGAAAUUGAAGAAGAGGAGGAAGAGGAAGAAAUUGGAGAAAGAGAAGAGCCAAUAACAAGACAAGAUAAUGAAGAAGACGAAGAAGAAGAAGAGGAAGAAGAAGAGGAACCCGAAGAGGUAGAAGAAGAGAAAGAAGUAGAAGAAAAAGGCAAAGCCAGAUUAAGGCGAGCACGUAGAGAAUAAUAGUCAUCACAUUUUUUUUCUUGACCUUUGAACUUUUCAAGGUCAAUCAAUCACAACAACAAUUAGCAUCUAAUUCAAUGCAACUAAAAUUAAUACAACAAAAAAAACAAUUUUGAUAAUUGAAAAACCAAAACAACAAUGUAACUUUAAAUUUCUCGUUCUCAUCCUCCUUUUCUCCUCUCUACACCAACCAUACUCUUCCAAAAUAAUUUCUUCUCUCUCUCCCUUAAACAUUAUGUUCUCAAUUCCUCAACUUUUCAAGAGAUUACGUUGAAAAAAAAACCAUCAACUUUCUGAUUCGUCAGUUUGUUAUUUAUUUUAAUUAUAAUCCACUCACAAGUGAGGUUAUGAUGAGUUUCGGUACAUGUAAUCAAUAACAAUAGUUAAUGGAACCUAGUCAUAGACUUGAACAUUUA